UGACCAGCUUGACAUACGACCAUCUGUCGUUCUAUGGACGGAACAUAUAUGGCCACUCCUGCUUGCGAUACUAACAGAACACAUCAUGUUGUCUACCUUGGUUCUGCUUUCGUUAACGGCCUUUGUUGAGGUACAAUCAUCGACCACAGCGUCAACAACAUCCACAACUACUGCUGCCACCACCACCUCCUUACCGGUAUCCGUCGUAUCAACACAUCAUGUAAAAGACACCAACGAACACAACAGAUUUAACUUCUAUUACGAUCACACAUCAGGUAACAUGCUGAUGAUUGGCCACUCUACGUGCUACGUUCAGGCUCUUACAGACUCUGAGAGGAUAGCAGUCCACGACCCUGCUAAAAUAGAGGCUUUGGAAUUACAGCUGAUCGUUCGGGUAGCGAAUCCGUCAUCACAAACUCCAGUCGACAAGACGACCGCCCCAUCGUUUGUCACUCAUCACUGUCGUCAUCGUGAUGUCUUCAGGCUGACUCGGGCAUAGAGACAUUGGUGUUACGCACUGGUACAAUGCAAAUAUAUUUAUUGUGUACUGUAUAUUAAAUGCGGUAAUGAAAA